AUGUGUGUCAGACUUAAGGGGCCUGGAAAGAGUUAUUCAUCAUUAUAUGCUGGCUCAUUUGGUGUGACAGGAGUCCUUAAAAAGAGUAGUGGGAGCAUCAUUGAAGGAUUUCAAUCUAAACUUCCUAGGGGAGAUGCUCUCUCUGCAGAAAUAUGGGGCUGUCUUUUAGGCCUCAAAAGAGCUUGGGAUUGUGGCCUUAGAAAUGUUAGACUGAGUAGCGACUCCCAGGAAGCUUUAGGCCUCUUUCUAACUGAACCCUCGGACCUUCAUGAAGAUUUGAACCUGAUUUUAGAAGUCAGAGAUAUGCUGCAGAGGGAUUGGAAGGUCGAUCUGCAUUAUUUCCCAAGAGAAGAGAAUAAUACAGCUGACAUCUUGCGUGCUUUGGCAAUGAGUGUGGCCAUGCAAAUUCUUAGUCCUGGAGCAGUCAUGCGUUAUGUACAAGAAGACACCGGAGGCUAG